UACAGUCGGCAAUAGCCCCCCACCUUCACGAGCCUCUCUCCCUUUCGGCCUUUCCUCUGCCUCUCUCUUUUAUUGUAGUCCCCAUUUAGCAUCAAUUUUCCACAACCUACAAUUCCACUUACACAUCUCUCUCUCCCCAUAAUAUAUGAAAAGCAAGCACUUCUUCUAAUCCUCGAUCCUUCUUCUUCUCGGCUGCCGGAAUAAAUAGAGCUGAGCUUAGGAUGAAGCGGGAGUUUGAGAAUUUCUCGAGCAGCGGCAGCUGCAGCUCCUCCACCACACCUCAGAUGUGGCCCUGCGACGCCGAUGACGAACUCUUCGCCGUUCUCGGCUACAACGUCAAAUCCUCCGACAUGGCCGAACUCGCGCAAAAGAUCCAACACUUGGAGCAACUCAUGGAACAAGACGACCUCUCGCCGCUCGCCUCCCACACCACUCACUACAACCCUUCCGAUCUCUCCUCCUGGCUCCAAUCCAUGAUUUCCGCCCUCAAUCCCACCCCUGAUUUCGACUCGGAUCUCACCGCCAUCCCGGGUAAAGCCGUCUGCCCUAGCCCCCAAUCGCCGCUGCUGAAGAAAUUGAAACUUUCCACACCAGUGACCGAGUCGAUUGUCAUGAUUGACUCGCAGGAGAACGGCAUCAGACUCGUUCACUCCUUGAUGGCCUGCGCAGAGGCCGUGCAGCGCGAGAAUUUCAAAUUGGCUGAAGCUCUGGUGAAGAACAUCGGAUUUUUAGCUGUGUCGCAGGCAGGGGCAAUGCGGAAAGUCGCUACCUAUUUCGCCGAAGCCCUAGCUAGGAGAAUUUACAGAUUGUAUCCAACAAAUCACCACGACUCUGCCUUGACAGAUUUCCUGGAAAUGCACUUUUAUGAAACUUGCCCUUACCUCAAAUUCGCACAUUUCACUGCAAAUCAAGCAAUUUUGGAAUCCUUCGCCGGUAGAGAUCGAGUCCACGUGAUAGAUUUCAGCAUGAAACUGGGGAUGCAAUGGCCGCCUCUUCUCCAAGCGUUGGCAUUGAGGCCCGGUGGACCUCCUAGAUUCCGGUUGACGGCGGUGACGGCCGAUAACACGGAUCAAUUACAGGAAGUAGGACGGAAAUUGACUCAUUUGGCCGAAACGAUCAAUGUGGAGUUCGAAUACAAAGGAGUGGCUGCGAAUUCGUUAUCAGAUCUGAACGCAGCGAUGCUAGACAGAAGAGAAGGGGAAACAGUGGCGGUGAAUUCAAUAUUGGAGCUGCAUCCAUUGCUUGCGCGGGAGGGGGCAAUCGAGAAGGUUCUACGAGUAAUCAGAGAAUUGAAACCGGCAAUCUUAACAGUGGUGGAGCAGGAGGCGAAUCACAACGGGAGCGUGUUCUCGGAUCGGUUCACGGAGGCGCUGCAUUACUACUCAACGCUCUUCGAUUCGUUGGAGAGCUGCACGAGCGAUGAAGACAAAGUGAUGAGCGAGAUGUACUUAGGGAGGCAGAUAUGCAAUGUGGUGGCGUGCGAGGGUGCGGAGCGGCUGGAGCGCCACGAGACGCUGUCUCAUUGGCAAAGGCGGUUGGGAGAGGGCGGGUUCGAGGCGGUGCACCUGGGCUCGAACGCGCACAAGCAGGCUAGUAUGUUGCUGGCCUUGUUUGCCGGCGGCGAUGGAUAUAGGAUUGAUGAGAAGCAUGGCUGUUUGAUGCUUGGUUGGCAUACAAGGCCACUCUUUGCUACCUCUGCUUGGAGACUUGCUUCUUAAAUUUCGUAUUUUUUUCCGUUAUUUUUGUUACAUAUGUUGUGUUUAAUCAAUAUUUGAUUCAUGCAAAGCUUUGAUUAUGUUGAGGGUAACAAAUUGGAUACUCUAGUGGUAUCAUUUCUUCAUUAUGAUUGCUACAAUUGAAAUUGAACAACGCACCUUUCCAAUA